AGCAACCAAUAAUAAAGUCGGCGCUGGGCUCAGCGCUCCUCCUCUCUUCUUUCUUUCCCCAAUUCAUCCAGCUCCUCCACCGGUGCCAAUUCGGCAGCUGCCUAGCUGUGAUACAUACUCCUACCGUUGCCUUUUCCUUUCCCCGGCGGGCGGCGCGGCGAUGGAGCGGGCGGAGGCGGAGGUGGGGAUGGCCGGCAACGGCGACGCCGCCGUCCACACGCCCCACUCCGCGCCGCCGACGGCACCGUCGGCGCGCGUGUCGAUCUGGGAGUCGGUGCGCGCGUGCGGGGUGUGGGGCCGGGAUGUCGACAAGGCCGAGCUGCGGCGCCGCGUCGUCAUGCCGCUCUACGCGCGGAGGGCCGUGGCCGCCGCCGUCGCCGAGAAGGACGAGGCCGCCGGCGUGGCGGCCGCGGCGGCGGCGAGGGACGAGGCGGUGGGCGGCGGGGAGGGGGAGGACGGGCUGGAGGUGGUGGCGCCGAUGGUCGUGUUCGUCAACUCCAAGAGCGGCGGGCGCCACGGGCCCGAGCUCAAGGUGCGGCUCCACGAGCUCAUCAGCAAGGAGCAGGUCUUCGAUCUUUCUACUGUGAAGCCUUCUGAUUUUGUUCGUUAUGGUUUGGGCUGUUUGGAGAGGUUGGCUGAUCAAGGUGAUAACUGUGCAAAGGACAUCCGUGCAAAUUUGAGGAUUAUGGUUGCUGGAGGUGAUGGCACUGUUGGUUGGGUACUUGGAUGUCUCCAAGAACUUAAUAAGUCGAAAAGGGAACCAGUUCCUCCCACAGGAAUCAUUCCACUCGGGACAGGAAAUGACCUUGCUAGAUCAUUUGGAUGGGGUGGCUCUUUUCCCUUUGGUUGGCGUUCAGCUGUAAAGCGAUAUCUCAACAAGGCAGUGUCUGCUUCGGUCGUCCAUCUUGACAGUUGGCAGGCUGUGAUUAGGAUGCCAGAGGGAGAAAUAACAGAGUUGCCACAUGCACUUAAGAAAGCGGAACCUGCCGAUCAGCUGGAGUUCAGCAAGGCGAGUGGCAGUGAGUUAACCGAAAAAGCUUCAUGCUAUAAAGGAGUAUUCUACAACUACCUUAGCAUUGGGAUGGAUGCCCAAGUUGCAUAUGGCUUCCACCAUCUACGAGAUGAAAAGCCAUAUCUUGCUCAAGGACCAGUUGCAAAUAAGUUGAUUUAUGCUGGAUAUAGCUGCACACAGGGAUGGUUCUGUACUCCUUGUACAGCAAGUCCUCAGCUAAGGGGACUUCGGAACAUUUUGCGGCUUUACAUUAAAAGGGCAAAUUGUUCUGAAUGGGAGCAAAUUCAAAUGCCUUCAAGUGUUAGAUCCAUAGUGGUCUUAAAUCUGGACAACUACGCCAGUGGAAAGCAUCCAUGGGGUGAUCUUAAACCGGAUUAUCUUGAAAAGAAAGGUUUUGUUGAAGCUCAUUCAGACGACGGUUUGAUUGAAAUAUUUGGUCUGAAAGAAGGUUGGCAUGCUUCAUUCGUUAUGGCUGAGCUUAUCAAAGCAAAGCACAUUGCUCAGGCUGCAGCUAUCAAGUUUGAAAUGAGGGGAGGCGAGUGGGAUCGAGCAUAUGUUCAAAUGGACGGCGAGCCAUGGAAACAACCACUCAUCCAGGACCAGUCGACAAUUGUGGAAAUAAACAAGGUUCCGUAUCACUCCCGGAUGAUAAACGGGGAUUCAUGAGAAUUCCCCUAUGUCAAUCAGGGUUACACUCUAGAUCGGUAGGCUAUGUACAGUUUAGGAGCAGCUGGAGCUAGAAUCCAUAGAGAUGGCUCAGUUGCAGCAAAGAUGAUGCAAUGUUUAUUGGCCUUCACCAUGCCAUGGUCGAGUCAUGGCAGGAGCACAAUGCGCCACCAUGUACUGUUGUAUCAUAUAUAUAUAUAAAUUAUGUUGUAUCCUAGUUCCUUUUUUUUGCGGGGGAAAACAAUUUGAACUUGAUUUGUAUUAUUUCUUGUCUCUGGUAUACAACCAGAUGAAAACCACCAUGUAAGAUCAAGUUAUUAUGCUUUGUGUUCAAUCCAACAAUUAUUUUCCC